AGUCAUCCUACGCCAUUCAACUCCAUUCAAUUGAUCAGUUACCAUUAGUGUUUGUUUAAUUGUUUGUCUCUAUAUCAUACUGCAAAUUUUUUGUUGUUGUUUUAUUUACUGAUAGUUUUGUUUGUACUCCACGCGAAACCAUAUCAUCCUACCUACACCCACAAUACCAAUUCAUACCAUCACUAGUCUCUUCUUAGACCAACUAAUCAUAUCAUUCCUAAAUUUCCCAUAAUGUCUGAUGUUAAAGCUGCCAAGGACUCCUUAGUCGCAUCUUUAUUUGAAUUAUCAAAAGCUGCUCAAGAUGCCGCUGCUGCAACUGUCAACUUUUAUAAAGUAUCUCAUGAAGGUGCUCCUAAUGUUGCAUCCUUAUCAAGUUUAAGUGAAACUUUAAAGACGGUUGCUAGUGCUGUUAAAGGUUCUACUGCCAAUGGUUCUACCAAAGCUUCUGCUCCUGCCGCCACACCAGCCACUACUAAGACUGCUCCAGCUGCUACUACUACUACUGCUCCAGCUGCUGCUACUGCUGCUGCUACCACCUCAACUGUUGCUAAAACAGAAGAUGAAACCAAAACUAAAAAGAAAAAGGUUGAAAGAGAUCCAAAUGCUCCAAAGAAACCUUUGACUAUUUAUUUCGCCUUUUUAUUCCAUAAUCGUGAAAGAAUUAAGGAAGAAUUUGAAAAGAAAGGUUUAGAUCCUUUAUCAGUUAAUGAUAUGAAUGAAUUAAUAAAAGAAAAAUGGAAUAAUAUCACUUCUGAAGAAAAAGCUAAAUGGCAAAAGAAAUAUGCCAAUGAAUUAAAAGAAUAUCAAAAGGAAAAGGAAAAGUAUAAAGCUACUUUAGCUGCCGGUGGUAUUCCACCACCAAGAAAAAAUGAACCAACUGUUCAUUCUGCUCCUGUUGAUGAUGAACCAGAAUCAACUGAAGAAUCUCCAAAGAAGAAAGAAAAGAAGAGAAAGUCUGAAAAGUUAGAAAAAUCUAAAGAUAAAAAAGUUAAGAAAUAAAUAAUUUAAUUCAAUCAAUCAAAGUUAGCUCUUUUUUUUUUUUUUUUCAAAUCAUAUUCUACUAAUUAACUAUUUUAUUGCUAUUUUCGAUUCUUGGAUUGUUUUAUUUAUACUUUGUCUAUAUCCUUCCCCUUCUUUGUCUUAUUGGUUCAAGUUUCAGUUUUUGUUGAUCAAAUUUUAAU